AUGACCGGUCGUGGAGGCGGUGGAGGCGCUCGCAAGACCCUGCUUGCGCCGAUUCAUUUCAUCUUCAAGCUUCUUCAGCAACGGUCUACAGUCUCUAUCUGGCUUUACGAGCAGCUUGCUUUCCGCAUAGAGGGAAAGAUUAGGGGUUUUGACGAGUUCAUGAACCUCGUCAUUGACGAUGCGGUGGAGGUUCGCAUGGCUACAAAGUCCGAGGAAGAGAAGCGGAGACCUCUAGGCCAAAUACUGCUCAAGGGCGAUAACGUGUCUCUCAUUCAGGCCGUGCAGUGA